UCCGAAGGCUGCGAUUCGUGACCCGUGAUCGUGACUCGUGACCGGUCGCCAUGGAGCGCGCCCUGGAGCACCGGCACACGAUCGGUGUGGAGGACUUCGUCCUGCUGGAGGACUACCAGAGUCAGGAGGCGUUCGUGGACAACAUGAGGAAACGCUUCAAUGCCGACCUCAUCUAUACGUACAUCGGACCCGUGCUCGUCUCGGUCAACCCGUACAAGGAGCUCGGGAUCUAUGGCGAGAAGCGCGUGAACGAGUACGAGGUGUCACUACUACGACUGCCCCCGCACAUAUUCGCGGUCAUCAACGGCGCCCUGACGUCCAUGGUGGAAGAGACCCGAGACCAGUGCAUCCUGAUCUCAGGUGAAUCUGGCUCGGGAAAGACUGAAGCCUCGAAGAAGAUUCUGCAGUACAUCGGCGUGGUAUGCAGCAGGACGGGGCGGGACGUUCAGAGCGUGCGAGACCGACUCAUCCAGUCGAACCCGGUGCUGGAGGCGUUCGGCAACGCCAAGACAGUGCGCAACGACAAUUCAAGCCGCUUCGGGAAGUACAUGGAUGUCGAGUUCAACUUUGUGGGAGAGCCCACUAGCGGCCACAUCCGGAACUACUUGUUGGAGAAGUCCCGCGUGGUGACGCAGGCGCCCGGCGAGUGCAACUUCCACAUCUUCCACCUGCUGCUGGCCGGGGCGUCGGACGAGCUGCUCAAGGACCUGUGUCUCGAGCGAGAUCCCAGGGCCUUUGACUACACCAAGCAGUCGGGCCACAUGCGCAACAACAUGCACGACAGCGACCAGUACAACACGGUCAUCAACUCGAUGGAGAUCGUGGGCUUCGGCAGCGGCGAGCAGCGCGACGUGCAGGCGAUCGUGGCUGCUAUCCUCCACCUGGGCAACAUCCGCUUCGAGGAUAUCAACGGCACGUCCUGCAAGGUUGAGAAUAAUGAGGUUGCUCAGCGCAUCUCCAAGGUCCUAGGCGUGCCCGUGGCGGAUGUCCAGCAGGCGCUCACCCACCGGACCAUUGAGGCUCAGUCGGACGUCGUCACCACCACGCUGGGAGUGGAGCAGAGCGCGUACGCCCGGGACGCGCUAAGCAAGGCGGUGUACGACCGCCUGUUCUCGUGGCUGGUGCGCCGGCUCAACACGUCGCUGGCCAGCCACGGCCAGGCGACGCGCCAUACGCUGCUCGGCAUCCUCGACAUCUACGGCUUCGAGGUGUUCAAGAGCAACGGGUUCGAGCAGUUCUGCAUCAACUACUGUAACGAGAAGCUGCAGCAGUUGUUCAUCGAGCUGACGCUGAAGUCUGAACAGGAGGAAUACCUGGCCGAAGGCAUCACCUGGGUGCCCGUGGAGUACUUUAACAACAAGAUCAUCUGCGACAUGAUCGAAAGGAAGCACACCGGCCUCGUAUCGCUGCUGGACGAGGAGUGCCUGAGGCCGGGAGACGCCACCGACCUGACCUUCUUGAACAAGAUGACGCAGGCGCUGCGAACACACGCCCACUACGUAGCCCACGAGAGCGCCGACAACAAGGCUCGCAAGACCAUCGGGCGAGACGAGUUCCGCCUGAUGCACUACGCUGGAGACGUCACCUACAAGGUCAAGGGCUUCAUGGACAAGAAUAACGACCUGCUGUACCGUGACCUGAAGGAGGUCAUGGCCAAAAGCACCAACAAGAUCGUGCAGGACAUUUUCCCUCCCACGGAGCUGCAAGGGAAGAAGAUGCCGGAAACGGUUAGCACGCAGUUCAAGAAGAGCCUGGACCAGCUCAUGACGAUCCUGAUGUCGAAGGAACCCUCCUACAUACGCUGCAUCAAGCCCAACGACGUCAAACAAUCGCGCAACUUCGACUCCGAGAUCAUCAGCCACCAGGUCAAGUACCUGGGCCUGAUGGAGAACCUGCGGGUGCGGCGUGCCGGCUUCGCCUACCGCCGGCCGUUCGAGCCGUUCCUGGAGCGGUACAAGUCACUGUGUCCCGACACCUGGCCCAAGCACCGUGGUCGGCCCAGUCAGGGCGUCGACAAGCUGAUGAAGCACCUCGGCUUCAACAGCGAACACUACAGCAUGGGCAAAACCAAGAUCUUCAUCCGCCUUCCAAAGACCAUCUUCGACGUGGAAGACGCUUUCCAGGCGAGAAAGCACGAGCUCGUCACCCUGAUCACCAAAAUCUGGCGAGGCCGCAGGCAGAGGCUGAAGUACCAGGAGAUGCGCAAGAGCGCGAUCAUCAUCGAGUCGUACAUGAGGAGGCACCUGGCGAAGAAGGAGGCCGAGAAACGGCGUUGGGCAGUCGGCGUCGUCAGAAAGUUCAUCACGGGCUUCAUGACCCGCAACGGCCCAGUGACGGACAUGAACCGCCGCUUCGUGGCGGUUGUACGUCGCGAGUGGCUGCUGCGGCUCUCCCGCGCCUUGCCCAAGAAGCUGCUGGAGAAGAAGUGGCCCAAGGCGCCGCCGCCCUGUCUGGAGGCUGACAAGCUGCUGCGCCCCAUGCACCGCACCUGGCUGAUGCGGAAGUACGUGCACAAGCUGCCAGCGCCCAAGAAGUACAUGUUUGAGCAGAAGGUGUUGGCAGAGAAGCUGUUCAAGGGCAAGAAGGCCAGCUACCCGCAGACAAUCGCACAGCCGUUCCGGCAGAGUCGUCUGACGGCCGAGCACGAGUCCAUGAAGGGCGCCGUGUUCGCCGCCGUUACCAAGGUUGACAACAGCGAGGUCAAGUACGUGACACCGGUGACCAAGUAUGACCGGCACGGCUACAAGCCGCGCCAGCGAUGGCUCGUCGCCACCAAGCAGGGCGUGUAUGUGCUGGACGUGCAUGACAAGCCCAAGCUGAAGGACCGCUUCACGCUGAACAACCUUCAGCUGACGAUGACGUCGGUCAGCGACCAGCUGCUGCUGCUCAAGAAACAGCAGGCCGAACAGAACGGCAAGGAGAAGGGCGACCUGAUUCUGAUCUGCCCCCACGUGAUCGAGCUGGUGACCAAGCUAGCGGAGAUCAGCGCGGAGAAGGUGGCAAUUGACAUCGUCAGCGAGAGCAGUCUCACCCACGCCAAGAAGGGAGGCAAGGCGGGCACCAUUGACCUCGUCAAGGACCCAUCGGCCAACAUUCACAAGGAGAAGAGCUCCAAGCAUCUGGUCGUGACGCACGCCUGAGGAUCAAAAUGCCGCCUUGGCGCCCCUGCUGGGCCGUCGGGACCGCAGUGUUGGAUCGUCCUGGCCCCGCAGCGGCGCUGGACCGCCGGUGCGCGGGUACGACCGGUACUUAGGCGCUGCCCUGGCCGCCAUCUGUCGGCCGCGCGCCAAUACAGAGCUUCGGCGUUGUCCGCAAUCAUUGUCGCUUGGGCGAGAGCCAGUUGUGAUUUGGUGCCAUGCCUUCUGAAUAUAAGAAGCUUUAUCGUGUC